ACGAUGGCAUACCUUCUUCUGAUUAUGCAUAUUUUGUUUCCAAAAAAUCAAAUGAGCCUGUCAAAACAAACUGAAUAGCAGACAUUAAUAUAGAAGUUGUUCUGAGCCAAAAACAUAUUUUCCAAAAAUGCCUGGGAAAGUUAAAGUUAAGAUUCUUGCUGGAAGAAAUUUGCCUAUAAUGGAUAGAAGUAGUGACACAACGGAUGCAUUUGUAGAGUUAAAAAUUGGUUCUAUUACUCAUAAAACAGAUGUCUGCAGGAAAACAUUGAACCCUGUUUGGAAUUCCGAUUGGUACAGAUUUGAGGUGGAUGAUUCUGACCUGCAAGACGAACCUUUACAAAUCAGAUUAAUGGACUAUGAUACUUAUUCGGCAAAUGAUGCAAUUGGUAAAGUUUAUAUAAAUCUGAGUCCUCUCUUAUAUUCUUUUACGUUGGAUAAUCCUGCUCAAACGAGUAACAUAGGCAAAGGUUCAGUAAUGUCUGGAUGGAUUCCAGUUUACGAUACCAUGAAUGGAGUGAGAGGUGAAGUGAAUAUAAUCGUAAAGGUAGACUUAUUCACUGAUUUUAACAAAUUUCGACAAAGUUCUUGCGGUGUUCGAUUUUUUCACUCUUCCACUAUCCCACACGGAUACAAUGCUCAUUUCAUCCACGGAUUUGUUGAAGAAUUGAUAGUUAACGAUGAUCCAGAAUAUCAAUGGAUUGAUAAAAUUCGAACACCUCGUGCUUCUAAUGAGGCCAGGCAAAUAGCUUUUAUAAAACUAUCUGGACAGGUUCAACGGAAGAUUGGUUUAAAGGCCAUUGAACUUGGUGCUAAUGCUGUGAUUGGUUAUACACAAUGUUUCGAUUUGGAAGGAGAUGUUGGUGUUGUAGCACGAGGCAUUGGUACAGCGGUUACUUUGAUAAAAGUGCACGAGUCUCUCAUUCACCCAAUAAUUGACAGCUCUUUUAUGGAAGAAAAUGUUGUAAAUAAUGCAUUACCUGUAUCUAAUGGAGCCAAACCAGGACAUGAAACAACUGAACCUAUUAGUCAACGUAUCUCUCAUAGUCCUGCAAAAACAGGUACACCAGGAUCCGCGGUAGUCAACAUAAGAGAACACUAUACGAAUGGUAGUAUUUAUAGGCGAUCAUCCGAUUCUGAUCUAAGCAUAACGCCCAAAGGCAGCUCCCUAACAUCUGCCGAUUAUUGUUCUGGGGAUCGUAUUCGUGUUCAACCCACGAGCAUUUUAUUGAAGCCGUUGAAUCACGAAGCUCUCGAUUUACUGGAAUAUCCUUUCCUUACCAUAAACAAGGUACCGCUGGGGUUUAUAUUACAUCUAGGUGCUACGGUAUCGGCACGAUCCGUCAAAUUAUUGGCACGUGUACCUAAUCCGGACGAUCCCGAAACACGUGAUAUGUGGUGGAACGAGCUACGUCUGGAAAUUCGUUCUCAUGCGCGUGCAAUUGGUUGCAAUAUAGUUUUAGGAUAUUCGGAAGCAACUACUAUUUCCGAAGACAUUUGUGUCUUAUCAGCGAUUGGAACAGCAGCUGUCAUAAAUCUACAGCCUGGAGAAGGCGAUAUAUUAAAUUCGACAAAAACGCAAGGUUCUUCAGUCAACAAAGAGUUAAUGACAUCCUCGCUAGACGGUCAAUAUUUUGAAAAAGAUUUGGGUUGUAGCGACAAUUUGAAUUCACAGAAAAAUGUUGACACUGCACUAAACUCCACAACAGAGUCGAAUACGCUUAAAGAGUCUUCGGAAACCUAUUUCAGUGAGAAACCAAUGGCAAUGCAGAACGCUACACAAAGUGCAAAUAAGAUGUGUUCCAUAUGUCAUAUGCCAUAUUCACAAAAGUCGAUCCCGUUUAGGAUAAACAUGAUGAAGUGCCCAUUAUGCAGAAAUGGCAAUGUUCCAGAUGUGUUGCUAUGUACAAUUGAAAUUCCGGACGGAUUGCAGGUUAACGGACGAGGAAUCAUCAUACAGGCUCAUGCCUGCAGGUCGAAACGGGACCUCAAAGGAGAAGCGAACGCGAAAGAAAUGUCCGAUGCAUUGCCAUUUUUGGAAAUAGAGCUGCACAAACUGCUAAUCAACAAAUUAAAAAUGAAAGGGAUGAAUGCUAUAUUCGGUUUGAAAAUUUCUGUAGCUGUCGGAGAACGGAUGAUGGCUCUUAUUGCCACGGGGACAGCCGUUUAUCUGUCCGCCCUGCCCCAACCUGCACUUCCUAAAAUUGUCGCUGGAAAUUCUUGGGCGGAAUCAGAAAAAAUAUCCGAACUGCAAAAAUCGAUUCAACAAGCUGUGGAAAGAAACCGUGAGUUUUGUCAGUUGAAGCAUAUUGAUGAGUCAUCCACUAAUAAUAAAAGUUUGGCACAGCCGGAUGACUCUGAUGAUUCUGAAGAAGAGUUGUUAGAUAUAGAUUUGACACAUGGAAAUAAAGCGACUUGUGUUUUAGAAGUAGACGAUGUGUAUGAUUUAGAGAUUAUAUCUCUUCUCAUGGAGCCAUGUCCCCCAGUAGGGUUUGACGUUGUAAACACUCAAUCAGUACCUGGAUUACAUGACAUGGAAGUAGUUCGGAACUUACAGAUGUUCACACAGAUAUGGCGAGCUAAAAUACCAGUGCAUCAACCCAACAUAAGUUUUUCGAAGCAUUUCCAACGAUUGUUGCAAACCAUUUAUUUCAAACUGAGAGCAAUGAUACCAUGUGCAAUAUGUGAUUUAAGGUUUAAAUUAGACCUUCCGGAGAAUGAUGAAAUUCAACUGUUGGUCACUGGUAUGGCACUAGGUCUAGCAGAGCCGACAAAGAUGGGUAAUAUGAAAAAGAAGCUUCUGGUGAGUUCGUACACACGAGAGCAAUACAGGCGCAAUGAUGAUGAGCUGAUAUUCAAUUUGGACGACGUGGCGCCAGCAAUCAAUCCCUCUCAGAGUAAUUCAACUCAACUCGUAAUUCAAUCUGGUUCCCUCAAAUGCAAAAGAUCACCUUGUCAUGCAAGGCAUGGUUCAGGACGGUUAAUGAGGCAUACCCCGCUCAGGGAACGUUAUGGGGUAGACAUCACACCCCUCAGCUAUGUGCCAGGAGGAAAAAUAGAGAAAUAUUUAGGAAAUCUGGACUUCUUCUUUAUUAGAGAAUGCACUGCAGUGAAAGAAAACGGUGGAAUUAGUGGAUUUGUGCAUAGUUUCAUCACUGAAGUACUGGCAGUUAUAAGAGCACAUGUUACUGCUCUAGGUGGCAAUGCGAUGGUGACAUUCUACAUGACGGAGUUAGUACUCGUUGAUAACUUACAUAAAAAUCAGGGCCAAUGUUUGAUGAGUGCAGGAGGAGAUGUUGUUUGUGUUUCGUACUAUAAGGGUGAUUGAUGUCUGAGUUUAAAAUUCACGCGCAAAUCACAUUUUUCGAAGUAAACUAGUGCAAUACAAUUUUGACAAAUUAUUAUAUUAUAAAGACAAUAUAAUUAGAUUACUUCAGCUUCAAA